AUGAAAGUGGGAGAACUUCAUCAAGUCUUAUCAUUGAUGAUGGAAGCGAAUGAGGGUGUUGAGGGGCAGGAGGAGCAGUAUGAAGGCGGAUGCCUUUCUGAGGAAGGAAAAACAGCAAUGGAGCAGCUGCCGCAGCUUUGGGUACCAGGAAAUGGAAACGAAUUGGAGCAAACAAUCGACACUGAGUUGGGUCGUGCUCAGAGCAAUCAGUCGCGAACUAUCGGGUACUCGAAGCGGCAUGGUCACUGCUACCUAGCUACCUGGCGCACGAUUACGCGUACCAAAGAAAUCACUCUUUGCCGCCUUCUCAAUCAGUCCAAAGACCACCCAAAUAUUGAUCUGAAAAGGAAGUUUGGAACAUACCGAGUGCGAUGA